CUAUCCCGCUGUACUCCUAGAGGUUGCUUGGCCCUUCGGGGGGGAUUUCUGUCUCCUGUUACCUGUGGCGAAUUGUUCCGUUGGCUCGCCUCGGGUGAUUAGUCCGGACUCUAUGUGACAGAAUUACGCAUCUUGGAUCGCUGAGGUGGAUGAGUGCACGUCGACUACUUUUCGGGGACUUUCCCUGAAAACAUUUAAAUGUGAAGAGAUUCAAUCUCCGUACAUUUUUUUCCGGGCAGACGUCCCAGCUGAUCCAUGGCUGCUCUCCCCGUAUCGGAUUGAGGUUAGACGGUGAGACCGAUGCGCGCCUUCGGACCUCUUGGACACGCACGUUUAACGGAUCGUUUCCCCCGCGUAUCCCAGCUGUGUUUGGAUCCUACUCACUUGUCUGCGACUCUGUAUUCCUACUGAAAUAUUUGGUGGUCGACAGGAGAGAGGACAGAGGCAGUGUGAGGAGGAUGUGGCUUGCGCAAAUCGACCGUUGGUCAGAGCCGACUCGACCUGCUUUACCUGGACGCUUGCGGAUGAUUUUGCGCUUCUGAGAUCUCUGAAAUCUGGACAUCCACGCCAACAAAAGCAGGACUCUGAUGUUGAAAAUACAAAGGCUGAACACUGAAUCCUUUACUCAAGACGGCAAGUGAAGAUGGGUCCUACGUGUUUAAUGUAUAUUUCAUUAGAUUGGCGUCCAGUCUAAUAAACAUCAUCAGCGAUGUAGUCAGCUUGUUCAUCUGCGUGCUGAUCAUUUGCAGUAAGUACUCACAUCUGCUCAAAAGGGAGACCAUGAAGAUGAUCCUCCUGCGUAAAUUCCGGGUUUUGAUUCUCAUGGUGUUCCUUAUUGCAUGCUCGAUGCACAUAAUGAUAGACUUGUUACCAAAGCUGGAGAGGCACAGCAACAGCGGCUGCUCCUGCUCCCACACGCCGAGCGAGGAGCCCCAGAGCUGGGGAAAGCAGAGUUGGCCUAACAAGCACACCCUGCGGAUCCUCCAGGACUUCAGCAACGAGCCCAGCUCAAAUGUUUCCUCCCACUCUCUGGAAAGGAUCCCGGUCACAGGCGACAAAACACAGGCUCUCAGGAGACUGGAGCACUACGGGCAACGUGGUGACAGGAAGAGACAGUUCAUCCAGGACGCUGCCGUGACCAAGAACAUGCCGGCUCGGAGUUCAAGGUUGUCGGCUCUCUAUGACCAUCCCUUAUAUAAAAGAUCCUCGCCACCUCUGACAGAUGAGGACACGCUGUUCAACGUCAACACGGACAUCAGAUUUGACCCCAAAGCAGCAGAUCAAGAAUGGAAUGGGGAAGGCAACAUAGAUGAGUUCAGCCCAACAGGGGAGCUGACUGCCGACUCCUACCCCAACUGGCUCCGCUUCCACAUUGGGAUUAAUCGAUACGAGCUGUACUCCAGACACAACCCAGUCAUCGAUGCUCUCCUAAAGGAUCUGGUCACCCAGAGGAUCACAAGCGUUGCAAUGAAGUCUGGAGGCACCCAGCUCAAGCUCAUCAUGACUUUCCAGAACUACGGCCAGGCUCUGUUCAAACCCAUGAAGCAGACUCGGGAGCAGGAGACCCCUCCAGACUUCUUCUAUUUCUCUGACUUCGAGAGACACAACGCUGAGAUCGCUGCCUUUCAUCUUGACAGGAUUUUGGACUUCCGUCGCGUCCCUCCUGUGGCUGGGAGGCUUGUCAACAUGACAAAGGAGAUCCGAGACGUCACCCGAGACAAAAAGCUCUGGAGGACGUUCUUCAUAUCACCAGCCAACAAUGUGUGUUUCUACGGGGAGUGUUCAUACUACUGCUCCACUGAGCAUGCUCUGUGUGGUAAACCAGACCAGAUCGAAGGAUCCCUGGCCGCCUUCCUCCCAGACCUGGCCCUCGCUAAACGCAAGACCUGGAGGAACCCGUGGAGACGCUCCUACCACAAACGCAAGAAGGCAGAAUGGGAGGUGGAUCCAGACUACUGCGAGGAAGUCAAACAAACUCCACCUUACGACAGCGGGACGAGACUGCUUGACAUAAUGGACAUGACCGUCUUUGACUUCCUCAUGGGAAACAUGGACCGCCAUCAUUAUGAGACAUUUGAAAAGUUUGGAAAUGAGACCUUCAUCAUCCACCUGGAUAAUGGCAGAGGCUUUGGAAAGCACUCCCAUGACGAGAAGUCCAUUCUGGUGCCGUUGACCCAGUGCUGCAGGGUAAGGAAGUCGACCCACUUGCGUCUGCAGCUGCUGGCUAAGGAGGAAUACAAGCUGUCUAUGCUCAUGGCAGAGUCCCUGGUGAGGGACCGUCUCAGUCCCAUCCUCAUCCAGCCACAUCUGGAUGCCAUGGACCGACGACUACGCCAGGUGUUGAAUGUGCUGGCAGAAUGCAUUGAAAAGGAGGGCUACAGUUAUGUUGUAGAGGACGACCUCCAGAGGGACCAAGGGACUGACCACGCCCACACCGCCCUACGACAGAGGUAGCUGGCUGUGGGG